AUGAUUCAAUUCAUGAGGCCAUUACGACGAUUGCGUAUCCAUCUUCCAAGGACAUUGCGACUUCGCCGAUACAAAUUAAUCCUGGUCCUUAUUUUUGUGCUAUUUUUCUUCUACCGGGAUCAAUUCAUGAAACACAUGGAGGAUAACGAUAGACAGGCUGAUCUGCCCGGUUGGGAACGCGAAAAACCACUGAAAAUAAGCUAUUAUCUGGAUCAGAAGAAAGACACAGCACUUAUAGAGCCCCAAGGUUUCUGCAAGAGCAAAACUUUCCUGAUCAUUGCCGUUUGCUCCAGCUUGGACCACUUUGCUCAACGGCAGAUCAUCCGGGAAACCUGGGGAAAUACCAAAGAGUUUAACUAUGAAGCAUUUGAGAAACUUCAUUAUCACCUUAAAGGAAAAUACCUGCCUAUAAUGCCAAGUCGCGUGAGGCUGUACGCCGAGUAUCUGAGUGGAUUCGGUAAAUCAUUGACCGCCAAGGUACAGAUUUUGUUCAUCGUGGGACGAGCUAGGACUGAGUCCCAGAGGGAAUGUGAAAAGUUAUCUUUAGAGGCGAAUCAAUACAACGAUAUUCUUCAGGAAAACUUUGCGGACAGCUACAAUAACUUAACCCUUAAGACCGUAAUGGCUCUGAAGUACAUAAGCCAAAGAUGCUCGAGUACAUCCGCCUUCAUACUCAAGUGCGACGAUGACAGCUUUAUAAAUGUGCCCAAUCUGCUGCACUUUCUGCUCGGCGGUACAAUCCCUUUGUAUACAGAUACGGUGGACUAUCACUUUCAAAACACUUAUAAAGUGAUGUCGCCAUGGAAUCGUUUUAACGCCAGCGGAGUAGUGAUGUAUGGCCACAAGUUCUGCAACAUGGAGGUCGACGUCGAUGUUAAGAGUCCCUGGUAUGUGCCUCAAUAUAUGUUCGAGGGGUUUAAGUACCCAGUGUAUCUGUCUGGAACCGGCUAUCUGCUCUCCAUUGAUGUGGUGCAGCGGCUGUACGAGGAAGCUCUGACCACAUCGCUUGUGCAUCUGGAGGACGUCUUUGUUACUGGUAUUUGUGCGGAGAAAGCGGGAAUCCAGCGGCACCAUCACCCUCUCUUCAACUACGUCCACGGGAAGCCACUGUGCAUCUUUAAGGGAACCAUUUCACUGCAUCCGAUGCCUGGGAACACAAUGUCGGAGGCCUGGGCUUUUGUAUCAAACUACAACAUAAAAUGUCCACCGCCAGAUAAACACUUUAUCAAAAAGCAAGUAACAAAGAAAGCACACUGCUAAGACUGAUUACAAUUAGAUU